CAUGGCUGCUUAGGGACAGAAUCACAAAUGUUCCUCUACAGUUUCCUUACCCAGUGGGGCCAAGAGGAAAGCUGCAGAGAGUGAAAGUUCCUAGCCCAAGAGAUAGCAUUAGCCAUUGCAGCAAUAGAAUGUCCAUACUUCCCACAGAAGCAUAUGACAGAAGCAGAGUCAUGCUUGCCUAUGCUACCUGAGAGAAGACUUCCUGUUACCAUGAAGACUUCAUGUUUCUGGAUCUGCUCAGCUUAGAACAGAGGCUUCUUCCCCUACAACAGUGUUGGAAAUAAAAUCAGUUUCCAAGCCCUCCUUUCCAAAGAUAAGCUUAUUUUGAUGUCAGUAAGACCAUGGCUCUCCUUAAAGUGACCUUCACCAAAUACAAACGGAAUAAGCUCGCACAGAUACUAUGGAUUCUCAACUGGUUGUCUGUGAUGACAGGAAUCAUUCUCUUCAGUCUUGGUCUUUUCCUAAAGAUUGAGAUCAAGAAGCGAAUUGAGGUGAUAGUCAAGGGAGAAAUCAGCUCAACCUCCAACAUGCUCAUCUCAGUGGGUCUCAUUGCCUGCGUCAUCAAUUUCCUUGGCGGCAAGAUCUGCUACGACUGUUCAGAUGUGCACAGGUACAGACGCUGGCAGCUGGUCCUGCUUCCCUACAUCGUCUUUGCCUUCUGUUUCACCUUCUGCCUCCUCGUGGGUGCAUUUAUGUGCUACACUACAAGGAAGGAACUAGAGGAGUCUUUGUAUUUGGGUCUGAGAGAAGCCAUAAAGUUUUACAAGGACACAGACAUCCCAGGACGUUGCUUCCUGAAGAAGACCAUUGACAUGUUACAGAUUCGGUUUCAAUGCUGUGGCAACAACAGCUUCAGGGACUGGUUUGAGAUCCAGUGGAUAUCGGCACGGUACCUGAACAUGGCAUCAAGGGAGGUUGUGGACCGGCUGAAGAAUAACAUUGAUGGGAAGUUCCUGGUGGAUGGGGUACCUUUUAGCUGCUGCAACCCCAGCUCCCCACGACCUUGUAUCCAGUACCAUCUCACCAACAACACUGCCCACUACAACUAUGACUUUCUCACUGAGGAGCUGAAUGUUUGGAUGAGGGGCUGCCGUGAAGCACUGCUAGAUCACUAUUCCUACAUCAUGCGCUCCAUCGGACUCGUGGUGCUUAUCAUCUGGUUAUUUGAGCUCUGCGUUCUCACUGGUGUUCGAUACCUGCAAACAUCCUUGAAGAAUGUACCGCUGGAUGAGCCCGAGUUGGAUUCUGAUGGGUGGCUCCUUGAAAACAGCUUUGUAGAAAGUGUCAAGUACAAUUUGAAUUUCAUCAAAAACCUUGGAAAAGCUGACCAAGUGUCUAAUGUCUCUGAGUUGCCAAAUAUCAAUAAGGACAUCUAAAAUAAUAACUAGGGGCCAAAUAAUUCUGAAGUCUCAUUCCCUCUAACCAGCUGAGCCUAACUGAGGAUUGUUGGAUAGAUCAUUUUCCACACUUACAAAAAAAGUUGUCAGUGGAAGAAAUGGGAUAUUUGAAUAGGAAGAAUGACCCCGGCCAUAAACCAUGAAAUGACAAAUUCAGUGGAUGAGACAGUUCUUGUCUA